UACUCAACCUCAGUUCCGGCCGCUAUACGUUUACGAGAGCCAGCGGAUAACUGAAAACAAAAACAAAGACAAGUUGAAAUCGAUUUGCAUUUCAAAAUUUUUUCGUUUUGGUUUUAUUUACCGGUUCAUCAUCUUCAACCGAAUUAUGGCGUCCGGCAAGAGUAAAACAUCGUUUUGCAUCGACUCGUUAUUGGCCCAGGACAAAGUUCCCGGUAGUGAUUCUUUACCAUCCGCGGCUGCUGCUGCAGCUCAGGCGGCCGCACAUCAACAGCUCAUCGUCAGCAGUUACGGUGAAUCCCUUCGGUUCCGUUCGAAUCUGUUUGGCGGGCUUCAUCAUCAUCACUAUCCUUCGUUCGAAACGUCGGUCGAGUCCGUGUCUGCCAGCAAAACAAGUGACUCCACGCCGGCCGACGGUGAGAAAGAGACGGACGGCCGUCAGAGUAGCGGCAGCAGCACAACUAAAGAAGACGGCGGUCCGGCAACGGCCAACGAACGAGACCAGCAAAUAGUCCAGCAAGCCAACAUUUCGUGUUGGACUCAACCUCAUUCAAUGGCUCGGAUGAUGUACGGCCCGCCGGCGUCGUCCGGCAGUCAGACAGUUCCGACCACUAACAUCUUGACUUCAUCAUCGUCGACGACAUCAUCCAGUGGCGGUGCAAAUGUGGCCAAUUAUCCAGGCCCGUUGUUCACCAGUCCGGCAGCGGCUCUUCACGCGGCGGCGGCCGCGGCAGCCGCUGCCGUCGCCGCAUCCUCACCCGCAGCCCAUCAGUUCCAUUCAGCUCAUCUUGAAUGGCUGGCCAGGGCCGGCGUCCUCUACCAUCGUUUCGGAGGCGACCUCUCAGGCAGCGCGGCAGCAACGACGGCUGCAUUGCUGGGCAAAACGAGGCGGCCGAGAACGGCGUUCACCAGCCAGCAAUUACUGGAACUGGAGAAUCAAUUCCGUCAGAACAAAUACCUAUCGCGGCCGAAGCGAUUCGAAGUGGCCACGUCGCUGAUGCUGACGGAAACUCAGGUGAAAAUCUGGUUCCAAAACCGACGCAUGAAAUGGAAACGGAGUAAAAAAGCCCAGCAAGAACUGCGCUCCGGAAGCCAACACAAGAGCGGCGGAGAGAGCAACAACAACAACAACCACAAAUCGCGAACGAGUUCGGGCGGAGGAGGCAUUUCCACCUUGGUCAACAAAGACGGUCAACAAUCGUUGGCCAACAAAGACAUCGACCUGAGUAGCGACGAUCAAGACAUGGAGGAUACGGACGAAGAGGAGGAAGAAGAGGUUAAUGUGGACCAGGACGAUCAUCAGAUGAUGAUCCGUCCUCCGGCCAUAAUCGGUAGCGACGCCAGCAUGUACCGACCCUACUACCCAUGAUUAGACCCAUCUUUUGAUUAGCAAACCAUUCAUGGACCGACAUGUUAAACGCACAUUUUUAGUUGAUUGCCCAGCCCCUCCCCCGGACUAUUGCGAUCCAUUUCUUCUCUCCCAUAUCAUUUUUUUUUUUUUGUAUGUGCUUUUAUUCUUCCUCCCCACUCUCGGGUCUCGGAUGAUUUAAUACAGACAAUGGAUGCGGACAGACAUCAUCGGUCAUAUAGGACGCCGAGCGGAAAAUCUGCCCUGUCAGAAGGUCCCUCCCGAGAACACACUCACACACACACAGAAGAACGGACAAAAAAAAAAAUAAUAAAACACAACAAGAAAAACCACAUAACAAAAAAAAAAAAAACGGUAACAAAACAAG